AUGGCACAACCUUUACCAGAUUAUCUUACCAAUCCUGCAAACCCAUUUUUCCUUCACCCAAGUGAGAAUCCUUCUCUAGUUCUUGUAUCUCCAAAGCUGAAUGACAAGAACUACCAUAGUUGGGCUAGGGCAAUGAAGAUGGCACUACUUUCAAAGAACAAAGUAGGGUUCAUCAAGGGUGGGAUUGUGUCUCCACCAGCAGAAGAUCCAUUGUUUCUUGCAUGGGAAUGUUGCAAUACUAUAGUGCUUGGAUGGAUUCACCGAUCCAUUGAUGAUUCAAUAGCAAGAUCAAUUCUCUGGAUCGACAAAGCUUCUGAUGCAUGGAACGAUCUCAAAAUUCGUUUUGCCCAAUCUGAUAUCUUCAGAGUAUCGGAUAUUCAAGAAGAUAUGUGUGCAAAUCAAUGCAAUUGUGAAGCAUUUGAUCAGAUAAGAGCAGAUAGAGAUCGUGAUUAUGUGAUCCGUUUUCUUAAAGGCUUGAAUGAGCAAUAUGCUCAUGUCAAGUCACAAAUCAUGAUGAUUGAUCCUAUUCCUAAUGUAGCUCGAGCUUUCUCUUUAGUCAUUCAACAAGAGAGACACCUUCAAUCUGAAGCAAUUGUAGAAGUUUCAAGUGAUCUCCGUGCUUAUGCAAAUAUUUCUGAUAACAAAAAUAAACCGUCUUAUGGAAGAGACAAAGGUGGAAACAACACAAAUGGUGGACGUGGUGGAACAAGGAUAUGUACACACUGUGAUAAGAAGAAUCACACUAUGGACACUUGUUACCAAAUCCAUGGAUUUCCUCCUGGAUACAGAAACUUGUUGCCAAUGAGACCAAGAAAUGCUGCUAAUCAUAUUGCAUUUGGUGACUUUGAAGAAAAUGCAAAUGAUGAAUCCAAGAAUGUUCAGAAUUCAAAUCUUUCUUUAACUUCUGAUCAAUAUCAUCAGUUAAUGAAUCUUUUGUAG